GUGUCGAUGAUUCCGCGAUGGCCGUCACCAACUGUUCCUCAUCGACCUCAGGUCUCUCUGCCCCCCUUUCCUCCUUUUGCAAGCUCAUCCUCCGUUGCUCGCGUUCUCUGUUGUUGCCUUCUUGCGAUUGUGGUUCUUGCAUGAAGUCUCAUUGGUCGAAGCCUUCCGCGCCUGUGCAGCCGCGUCAUCCUGACGGGCGGAUGAAAAAACAAAACUGGGGCAGUGGCGGCGUUCUCUCCCUGAUCUGGUUGAUCGCACCGUCACCAUGCUGCUCUGGCACCGAUCGGCCUUGAGCCGUCUGGUUCAUCUCAGCUGGUGCUCAACACCUUUCUGGGCAUAUCCCUUUGCGCUCGACCCCUCCUCGCUGGUUCUCCAUUUUCGGCCCUUGAUCCGCACAACCCAUUCCCAUUACUCAACCAUCUCCAGGCGAUCUCCAGGAAACUCAGUUUCGAGCCCCACCGAUAUUCCGCAUCUGCCACCAUCCCAUAAUAACAAUCGAUUUCUCAGCCUUGAUACUACGUCUUUCAUCUCUCAGGCUCGUCAAACUCUUACAUCUUACGCUGAGCACACCCGAGCCCCCAAAGCGAAUCGCCGCCCACAAAUCCUCACCCGUUCACCGAAUCCACCAAGCUCCGCUGCUGACCAGGGUGUCGAUAUGCCCUCCCAUGCGAUGUCAUCAACUCCCACGUUUCCGGCGAGACCAGGAUCGCCUCCGGAAAUCGGCUUGUCGCUUGGCGAAACCCCAUCAGACCGUCACCUCACACCGCAAGGCGACAUCUUGCUCCUCAGAGAUCUUGACGCCGCCCUUUGCGCUCGACUUCCGGAUAUUCAGCCCGAUCAAGUUGCGCAAUUGGCUCGGCUUUUCUUACAAACAAGGUUUCGGCCCGAGAGGUUUCUCGAUGCGCUCUCUUCUCGCUCUCCCUCCCAUCCUUUGUUUUCGGCACAACGGCUAUCGCCUCUCUCAGUCACAGGCAUCGUCAGUCUCCUCGCACAUAGCCGGAAAUCCUCUCCUGAUCUGAUCAGCCAUCUUGGGUCUAUCUGUGCCUCAACAAUCGAUGAUCUUUCUCCGGAAGAUCUUGCACAUAUCGCCAAUGCAUUUUCAAAGCUGGUUGACCCAGUCCCAGAGCUAUUCGUCGCAAUCGCCGAGUCCACCCACGCUCGAGGCUCCGCCUUCAACGGCAAGCAGAUUGCAUUGAUCGUCCAUUCAUUCACCAAACACAACUAUGGCCCCAUAGUGACGAAUAUCGACUUUCAGGAUUCUGUCCCGAUCGCCGAUCGCUUGAAAGAUGUUAAACGUCGAGUGGUAUCGGAGCUAUUGCAGCCCUCGGUACUGGAUGGACACCUUCCGAUAGCACACGAGUCAGGAUCACUCUCAAUCUUCCCUGGCUCAGUUCUCAAGGCCUUGAUCCCUCAGAUUAUCAUCCAGACGCAUCUCCUCAACCAUCACCAGCUAUCACUAAUCGCCUAUUCGUAUGCACACUUGAACACUUACGAUCAUCAGCUCUUUGAAGCCCUUACCCAACAGUCCCUUCAAAGCAUUUCUACCUUUUCUCCUCAGAGUUUGGCCACAAUGGCUAAUGCCCUAUCCAUAACCAAGAAUACGCAAACAGUGCUUCUGGAUGCGAUUACGCAUAGCGCCACGUCCCUGAUAUCAAAGUUCAAGCCUUUGGAGCUCUCCAUGCUCACGAAUUCACUCGCCUCUUUACGCCAUAGCUCUCCAGAGUUCAUAUCAGUGGCCGAAGAGUAUAUCCUCAACAAUCUCACGCAAUGCAAUUCACACGUGCUUAUGAACAUGGUGAAUAGCUUGGGGCUCUUGGGACUCUUCCGUCCUCAGUUUUACCAGAAAACUGCCGAGGAAUUUGAAAGAAGAGUGGGAACCCUAACGAUGCAUCAACACCAGCAAUUGCUUUCUUCGUUUGUAUCUGCCAAAUUCAGAUACCCACCGCUUUUCGAUGCCGUCGCAGCUUCCUCCCUUUCUCGUCUCAGAAAGCUUGUUCAAAUCAGCUCAGGAUCUGGAAACGUUGCCGAACUCAAAGCCCUCGUUGCCAUUUUUCAUAAUUUCGCAGCGCUAAACUACCGCCCUGUGAACUGUUUGACCGAGUUUUAUAUCCUGAUGCAAAAGGGCCUUCCCCAUCUCGAUGGGCCGGCUCUGGCUCGUUUUAUCGAAGUCUGCAAGAUCCACGGCUCCUAUCCGCCGCACGUUAUGAACGAAUGUCUGUCUAUCGUAUCGCUUCGACUACCAAAGACCAAACCAAGUGAUACCGUUCGAUUGGUCAAGGCCCUCGAUCGAGUCUCGACUGUAGAUUUGCCCACACGUCUCUCCCUCGUCAACCGUGUAACGACUGUCCACCAUGUGCUUAGCCCCUCGGAUUUGUGCUCGGUGAUCCAAGUAUUUGGCAACAAUCGCUAUCCAGCUCAAAACCUCGCCCGCCUGGCCGACUCCAUUGUUUCCGAUGACUGUAACUCGCUCUCGGUAUCCGCUCUCGUGGAUUUCUUCUCAGGAUGCAUGCAAUUAAAGGUGACGCCCGCCAAGUCGGCUGCUGCCCUCGAUUCCAGAGCCAUCGACAACUUUCCUCCCGCCAAGCUCGUGAUUUUACUGCACUCCCUCCGAAACGUCCCAAGUCUGCCAUCACCAUUGCUGCAGCGAGCCACAGAUUUGCUUUGUCCGUUAAUAUCGUCCAUGCCCGAGCCGGGUUUGGUUCGGCUCAUUCAAUUCUAUUCGCUACACCUACCUCCAGACAGACCCGAAGUCAUUGACGAUUUAGUACGAGCAGUUUGUCCCCGAGCACCAGACAUGAGUCCUCAAAAUAUCUCACUGACGGCAAACGCCCUCUCAAAGCAUCCCGAAGCGUUUUCAGAGUUCUUUAGCGCUCUUGUAUCGGCCUGCACGAUCGAAAAACUCGCAGCGUUUUCGAAUGUAGAACUUGCUGUGUUGGCACAUGCUCUCGGCAAAGUCCGUCUCCGAGACCAACAACUCAUGGACCGGGUUGCGCAAACUGCCCUCUGUCACGAGCGCAGGUUUGAUCCAAUUCAAAUUGCUCAAAUCACCUAUGCUUUUUCAAUUCUUGGGAUCUCCUCUGGUCCUUUGUAUUCAUCCUUGGCCACUCAAGCUCAAUUGAGGCUUGACGAGUUCAAGCCCUCGGAGUUUGCUGUGGUCGUUCGUGCUUUCCAUCAAGCGCACAUAGCUCAGACCGAGUUGUGGAGAGGCGUUUGCCACUAUAUCGUUAGCAGGUUUGCGGACUUGAAUCAUGUUGAAAUCUCGAUUCUCCGACGUGUAUUCGAGGGCUUCGAAUCAAGCGAUGCCUCGAUCGCGGAUGGCCUUGCACAAGUCAAAUCGCUCCUUCUGCUCAAUGUAUAGAGACCAAUCGAAACCAAAGGCCUUGCUCCAACGACAUUGGCCUUCUGUUGUGCCUUACAAGGACGCACACCCGUCUGAUGCUCAAAGGCAACCCUGCCCAAAGCGACCUCAAUUCACGGCUCUCCACUCCGUGAUGCUUUAGCCAAAGUCGCAGUUUGCACAAAUACGGUCUCCAUUUUCCACACUUGUCAGAACAUCGCCAUCUAUUGCUUCCCAAGCUCAGCGACCGCCACAAAGUUGCUACAGGCCACAAUCAAGAUUAGCGCUGUACUGAAUCUCUUGUAAGUCGUGCGUAUGCCAUGAGUAAAAUAUUGCA